AAGGGACCCAAAUGAAAAUAUCACCAUAUCCAACCAAGUUCAUAUAUAUUAAUGACAUCGCUGCCACUUCGCCGCACGUUUCCAUUCGGAGAUCCAUCCAUCUCCAUCCAAUUCCGCCUCUCUUCAGUUUUCAAGCAAUCCCCCACUCCACUUCUUCGAUUCUGCCACACAAACCGAAACUCACCACCGAUAGCGCUUCCAUGGAUCACUUCCUCCGCCACCAUCGCCGCCGGCUCGUGCUCUUCCUCUUCCUCGCCGGAGUUCUUUCGGUCGGGACGAUGGCGAAAGAAAGAAGGCCCCUCGCCCGCGCCGUCGUCCGACCUUCUUCCCGAAAUAGGCUGCUGCUCGUUGGUUCCUCCCCUCCGGCUUGCCUCGGCCGGUGCCGGGGCUGUGCGCCGUGCCGCGCGGUGCUCGUCGUGAUCCACCCUGGCAGCGUUCCUCCGGAGAAUUACUACCCGCAGGCCUGGCGAUGCGAGUGCCACAACAAGCUCUUCCAACCGUAAACGCCAACCUCUCUUCUUUAAUCACUCAGUUUUUCCAUUUAUUUCAAAAAAAAAAAAAUCAAGAAUUUAUUUCUUUCUCCUUCGUUUGUUUCCUUCUCUUUCGUCUAUUAAUUAUACAGUUCUAGGAAUUAUUAGCACAGUUGGUUUAUGAUCAUCAUCAAGAAGUCACUUUCUUAUCAUUAAUUAAACAGUUCUGUAUUUGUUAUCCUUUUUUAUGGUGUGAACUAUGUAUAUGCUGAUUUAGACACAGAAAUACAUCAAAUAACCACUUUAUUUA